AUGGAGCUAAAACAUCAAGAGAACGAGAUGGCAAUUCGAGCAGAAUAUGUAAAAGAAAGGGAGUAUUUGCGCAAAGAACACAUUGACAAGAAGGAUCGGGAAACUAUGGUCAUGGAUACAAGCCAUAUGUCCCCUGAAACAAAACAAUUUUGGAAGCUAGAACAAAGGGAUGUUAUGAGAAGAAGACUUUUCCGUGAUGAUGGACCUAGCAACACGGAUUGGUUAAAUGAUCAAAACCAUUAA